CUGGAGCGGACAGGACGGCUUCCGGGAUUUGGCGGGGCCUUUGUCUCUCGCUGCAGUCGGAGCUCCAGGUCUCGUCCUCACUGCUCUAUGUCCUCUACUCCUAGAGGUCCAUCUUCUGUGGCCCCGUUACCUGCAGGUAUUGGGAGAUCCACAGCUAAGACGCCAGGACUCCCUGGAAGCCUAGAAAUGGGACCACUGACAUUUAGGGAUGUGGCCAUAGAAUUCUCUCUGGAGGAGUGGCAAUGCCUGGACACUUCACAGCAGAAUUUGUAUAGGAAUGUGAUGUUAGAUAACUACAGAAACCUGGUCUUCCUGGGUAUUGCUGUCUCUAAGCCAGACCUGAUCACUUGUCUGGAGCAAGGAAAAGAGCCCUGCAAUAUGAAGAGACAUGCGAUGGUAGCCAAACCCCCAGGUUGGAGUGCAGUGGCGUGAUCUUGGGUUACUGCAACCUCUGCCCCUCGGGAUUCAAGUGAUUCUACUGCCUCAGCCUCCCGAGUAGCUGGGAUUAUAGGCGAGUGCCAUCAUGCCCGGCUAAUUUUUGUAUUUUUAGUAGAGUGAGGGUUUCACCAUGUUGGCCAGGCUGGUCUCGAACGCCUGACCUCGUGUGAUCCGCCCUCCUCAGCCUCCCAAAGUGCUGGGAUUACAGGCAUGAGCCACAGUGCCCGGCCAAGUAUUUUUAUAUUUCAGAUCAUAUCUACUGAAUGAUUUGGUGACAGAAAUUUGCAUUGCUUUUACCUAUUGGCUUUCAGUAACAAUGGUAUAAUAAUUAUGGGUAUGAAAAUGACUCUUCAUAUGACUAUAUAUGUGAAAGUAUAUAUAUGUGCUGCAUUCUAUUUUACUAGUCUCCUUUUUUUUUUUACCUUUAUACUUGUAGCAAAUUGUUUUAAUUCUGUAGCUUUGUAAUAUGUUUUAAAAUCAGAAACUAUAAUGCUUCCAACAUUGUUCCUUUUUUUGAAGAUUGUUAGGUACUUUAUUGUCUCUUGAGAUUCCAUAUACUUUAGGGGUUGCUGUUUUUAUGUCUUCAAAAAUGCAAUGAGAAAUUGGGAAAACAUUGCAUUAAAUCUUGUAGAUUACAUUGAGCAGUAUAGACAUCUUCCCAAUAUUUCAACUUUUGAACAAAAGCAUGCUAAAGAAUGUGGUUUAAUUUACUAUAUAUUUGUAAACUUGUUAGCUUUUAAUAUUAUUGUUUUAUAUUGUCAUUCCAUUUUUGUUAUAGAAAGUAAUCCAUAAAAUUUCAGUUCUAAAAUACUUCUUAAGACUCUUUUGACUUAUUUGGUGGUCUGUCAAGAAGAAAGUUGUAUAAGCUAUUGAUAAGGGUGUGUAUCUUAAUGUUGUUGAGUUUUGUAUACCUAUGUUAGGAAUAUUUGUUUUAUACUGCCUUCAGGUCCUCUGUUCUCUUACUAAUGUUCUGUCUUGUUUUAUUCUUACUAUAGAAAAUGGGAUAUUAAAAUAGUCUAUAAUUAUAUUGUUCUCUAUGUGUUUCAAUUCUGUUGAUAUUUGCUUUAUAUAUUUGGAACACUAAUGUGAGACACACACACAUACACACACACACACACACAUGCGCGCACGCAAAUUUGUCAUAGUUUCUCAUGAAUCAUGAAUCUAUUAUUGUUUAACGUCCGUACUUGUCUCUUUGGAGUUUUGACUUAAAGUACAUUUUAUAAAGUAUGACAGUUACUUAAGAUGUAGCUUGUGUAAUACUAUUUUGACGUCUGCUGCUCUCGUUUUGUUAAUAUUUGCUUGGAAUGUUACUUCCAUCUUGCCACUUUCAGUCUUUUUAUUAUUAGAUCUUUGCUGAGUCUUGUAGAAAGGCAACUUGGAUCUUGAUUUUUCAAAUUUUUUUUUUUUUUUUUAGGGGGAGUCUCGUUCUGUCACCCAGGCUAGAGUAGUGCAGUGGCACUAUCUCAGCUCACUGCAACUUCUGCCUCCCAGGUUCAAGCGCUUCUCCUGUCUCAGCCUCCCAAGUAGCUGGGAUUACAGGCACCUGCCACCAUGCCUGGCUAAUUUUUGUAUUUUUAGAAGAGAUGGGGUUUCACCAUAUUGGUCAGGCUGGUCUCAAACUCCUGACCUAAGGUGAUCCACCGCCUCGGUCUCCCAAAGUGCUGGGAUUACAGGCAUGAACCACCGUGCCUGGCCGAUUUUUCAAUUUUUUAAAUAAAUCCCUUUAUUAAAUGUAUGUCUCUUGAUCGGAAAGUUAAUUAUAUAUAUUCAAAUAAUUUUCUGAAGGAGAAAGUCUUACAAAUAUCAUUUUAUUAGUUGUUUUAUUUGAUUCUUGUAUCUUUGUCUCUCAUUUUCUUUAUCUUCCUUUGUGUCUUUGCGAUUUUUGUAUCGAUAUGCUUUCAUUUCUUUCUUAUUUGUGUAUCCAUACAGAUAUUUUUUGGGGUAGCUUGGGGAUUACAUAAAACCUCUAAAAGAUAAAACAAUAUAGUUUAACCUGGUAAAAAAAAUUAACUUCAGUUGCAUACAAAGUUUUUUUGUUUGUUUUUGUUUUUUUGAGACAGAAUCUCGCUCUGUUGCCAAGGCUGGAGUGCAGUGACGCAAUCUUGGCUCACCACAACCUCUGUUUCCCAGGUUCAAACAAUUCUCCUGCCUCAGCCUCCUGAGUAGCUGGGACUACAGGCGCGUGCCACCAUGCCUGGCUAAUUUUUGUAUUUUUUUUAGUAGAGACAGGGUUUCACUAUGUUGGCCAGGUUGGUCUCGAACUCUUGACCUUGUGAUUCACCCGCCUUGGCCUCCCAAAGUGCUGGAAUUACAGGCAUGAGCUACCAUGCCCGGCUGCAUACAAAAUUUUUUCCUCAUUACAUCUGCCCUCAACACUGUUAUUGAUGGUGCUAAUUAUCUUUUUAUGUUGUAUGUCCGUUAACAGUUGUUUAUAACAAUUUCUAUGCUUUUAUCUUUCAAGUUCUAGAGAAUAAUUAAAAAUGUGUACUGCACCAUUAUGAUAAUGCUAAGGAAUAGUAUUUUUGUGUAUGUGCAUGUCUCUCCCAGAAAGUUAUGUAUUUUCAUAUGAUUAUGUGUUGUUUUCUUGCAUCAUGUUAUUUUCAGUGGAAAUAAUUCCUUUUCACCAUCUUUGAUAUGUAGGGCAAAUGGAGUGCCAAUAUACUUUUUCAGGAUUUGGUUAUUUUGGAAGAUCUUUUCCUUUUUAUCUGGUAGGACAGUUUUGCUGAUGGUAUUAUUCUCACUUGGCAGCUUUUUUUUUUUUUUUUUUUUUUUUAAGGACUUUGACUAUAUCACACAGUUUUUUUCUGGCCUGCAAAAUUUUCUUGACAAAUUCACUGGUUUUCUCAUAAGACUAUCCUUGUAAAUGACACAUCACUUUCAUCUUACAGCUCCCAAGAUUGUCUUGCCUGUGACUGUUGAAAUCGUGCUUAUAUAUGUGUGUGUUAUAAAUAUCUUUGUGUGUAUCCUAGUUUGUUGAGCAUCUUCAUUUUUACAUCAGGUUUUCCUACUUUUAAAAUUUUUUAGUUUUUUUGUCAUUUUACCUUAACAAUUUGUUUUUGAUAUUUUUAACACUUGUUUUUAUCCUUAUAUUUCUGAUUUUCAGUAGUUGUCUGUGUUCCUAUUUAAUUCAUUGAGUAUUAUUCAAUUUAUUUUAAAUUUUUAAAAUUAAUUUUUACAGCUUCAUUCUUUAAUAGUUGCUUUCAGAAAAUUUUAUAAUGUUUUUGAUGAGGCCAUGUUGCCUUCCUAUUUUGUAUGCAUUAUAAUUAUUGAGAUUUGGACAUUAAAAACAAGCUACCCAUCACAGUCUUUAUAACGUAUCUUUAUCUUGGCUUAGUCUGAAACCAACUGUCUUGGCUAGAGAUUUUGGUAGUCUCUCAAACAUGUUCUUAAAAUGUGUCUUUUCUGAAAUUUUUUGGGUUUUUUAGUUAAAGGAGUUUGUUCAUGUUUCUUCUUAAUAGUCAGUAAUCACUUGCUACACCUGUUCCUUGUCUGUGGUACUGCAGUUUCUCUGCUGCUGCAACAUUCACCUUGGGUCUCAGCUGACUCAAACUGUUAUUCCAUAGUAUAUCACCAUUUCUUUUGCAUUCGUCAGGAGAGACAGAAACCAGUGUCUGGAAAGGCCCCUAGAAGUCUGAAAUGAAUAUGUGUGUGCCACUAUUUUUCUUCUCUUUUCAAAAAGAAACCAAGAGUUGGCAAUUUACUCCUUUUUUUUGAGACAGAGUCUCGCUCUCAUCACCCAGGCUGAAGUUCAAUGGCGUAGUCUCAGCUCACUGCAGCCUCUACCUUGUGGGUUCAAGGGAUUCUCCUGCCUCAGCCUCCUGAGUAGCUGGGAUUACAGGCAUGUGCCACACCCGGCUAAUUUUUGUGGUUUUACCAGAGACAAGGUUUCACCAUGUUGGUCAGGCUGGUCUUGAACUCCUGACCUUGUGAUCUGCCUGCCUUGGCCUCCCAAAAUGCUGGGAUUACAGGCAUGAGCCACUGCACCCGACCUGCAAUAGACUUUUCCUUCUAUAUGGCUCUUUGCAUUGUGCUCACUUGGGGCACUGCACACACUUAACUCAUUUAUAAAUUUUCCACAAAUGUAUCUUGGUCAGUAUGUUUUUGUUACAUUGAUGUGUCUGUGAAGGAAUUAGGGCCUGUGGUAUUUUGCUAUACCAUCUUCCUUAUGUAGUUUGUAUAUUUUUAUAGGUUAGAUUUGUAAAGUAUAUUCAUCUGAGUCUAGUAAGUGGGGUAAUUGUUACUUUUAUU